ACUUUCUUUUCCAGACACCACCGUAUGCACUGGCGGCCGAGUUCCCUCAUCCCCGUUCUGACCAGAACUUUCACUUGCAAAGCUCCCCAGUCGUCCCGCCGGUCUUCAACCAGGCUAAAAUUCUGGUACCAGAAUAGAACAAUUCCGAACUCAUUCCCACCAAUCCUCCGCACAUUCAGCGCUUCCUCGCAAAUGAUGGGUGUAGACUGGGCAAGCUAUGAUCGCGAGCAGGUUCGCCUCAUGGGCGAAAUGUGCAUUGUCGUAGACGAAAAUGACAAGGCAUUGAAAGGCGACUCAAAAGAAAAUUGUCAUUUGAUGCGAAAUAUAAACGAAGGACUACUUCACCGAGCAUUCAGUGUCUUCAUCUUCAACAAGGAGGGAAAGCUUCUCCUUCAGCAACGAGCAGACGAAAAAAUCACCUUCCCUGGAUACUUUACAAAUACAUGUUGCUCUCACCCACUGAUGACGCCAGAGGAAACGGAGGAGGAGGGUCAACUAGGUGCGAGAAGAGCAGCACAACGAAAGCUUGAGCAUGAGCUGGGUAUACCGCCGGAGCAGGUGCCUUUGGAUAAGUUGGAGUUUCUGACACGGAUACAUUAUUUGGCUCCGUCCGAUGGGCUAUGGGGAGAGCACGAGAUCGACUACAUUUUCAUUUUCAAAGGAGAGGUAGAUUGCAAGCCAAAUCCGAACGAAGUCAAAUCGAUCAAGUAUGUGAGCAAGGAGGAACUGCAGGAGAUUUUCGAAACGGCUGAGGAAAAGGGCAUACUUUUGACUCCUUGGUUCAGACUGAUAGUUGAGAAAUUCCUCUACACGUGGUGGGACAACUUGGGCACAUUGAAGAAGUUCAAAGAUACGGAAAACAUUCACCGGCUGUUGCCAAACUAAAUAAUACGUUGAACACUAAUUAGAAGUAUAUACAAUACGAAUACCAAGUGUCAUCUUUUCAAGGGAAAUCCAGCCUCUUCUUUCAAGAUGUCAAUAAAGAUGGUUGGAUCGCUCUCCUCAAGGCGGUGCAAGUUCUCCCACCCGCCCUUGUCAAUGGAGGUCGUUAAAUUCUCUACGUCCG